GUUUUCGCCGCAGUGCCGGUUGGAAGUUGCGCGCGUCACAGGGGACUUCCCCAACCGCCAGUAACCGCGUCUGUUUGGUCGAUAUAAACGUACCUGCCUGUGCGCAGAUACUCGCUCGCCUCUGCGUGUAUUCGCCAUUCAUCUAUGUCGUAUUGCGGAAGGGGUUUGCCAUCAUCGUUUGAAAUCGCGCCAGCACUCGAACCGAACCCCUCAGAGAUCGAGGAUCGCGCGUCUCAGGGCCCAAAGACAGUACCGAGUCCGCCACAUCUCCCUCCUUCUCUCUCUCGCUAUUAAAGAAGCCAUGGCCUUGGACAAGAAGACCUGGGACUCUUCGGAUGCCCUGCUCGCCAAGUUUGACGCCAAUCACGACGGCCUCAUCGACUACGAUGAGUUCAGGAGCAUGUGCGUCGAGCUAUUCGGACCCGACGAGGUUGAGCGGCACGAGUACAGGGUCAGGGAUAUAUUCGACAUCCUUGACCUCGACGAAGACGGAUAUCUCAACCGCGAGGAAUGGGAAAGGUGCUACAAUGAAUGGACGUUGGUCGUGGUGAAUCCUGUGAAUGUUUUAAUCGUUGUCGACGUGCAGAACGACUUCAUCGAUGGUUCGCUCGCGCUCCGACACUGCGGUAAGGGGCAAGACGGCAUUGAAGUAAUCGAGCCAAUAAAUCGAUUGCUAGCUGAGGUAAAGUGGAACAAAGUUGUCUAUUCCCUUGAUUGGCACCCCGAGACGCACAUUGGGUUCUACGAAAACCUUGGUCUUCGUGAGCUCCACUCAGAUUCUAAGAUCUCCAAAGAGGAAGCCAAGCUUUUCGACACAGUCGUAUUCCGCGAUCCGUACCUGGAACAGCGAUUGUGGCCGAAGCAUUGCGUAAUCGACUCAUGGGGGGCGCAGUUGCACAAGGAUCUGGUUAUAGCGCCGGGAUCAGGCAAGGUGCGAAAAGGCCAGCAUCCGGACAUGGAGGCGUACUCAGUGUUUUCGGAUAACAAUUGUGCGGACUCGCGAGAACUGCUGAACAUCCUGGAGGAGGUCGGAGCGACGGACCUAUACGUCUGUGGCCUCGCCUACGACGUCUGCGUAAAGGCGACUUGCCUCGACGGUCUCCGACUCGGUUACCGACUAGCCGUCGUCGAGGAUUGCUGCCGCGGUGUCAACCCCGUCGACGUCGAGGAGACGCGUCGCCUCAUCGAGGAGGGUGGCGGCCUUCUGACCGAUUCGCAGGCUGUGCCGCGGUUCGUUAACGGAGAUACCCGCAGCCUCGUGAUGGCUCUGCAGCUUGCGAAGUCAAUGGCAAAGAAGAAUGGCACCGCGGUUGCUCGUGCGGAAUAAUUGCAUCGGAUGUGAUGCGAUAUCGUUCGCUAUCAACCCAGCUCGCCAUUGCAGAGUCUGUCCUCCGCUCCCCCGUGCUUGCUACUCACGUCUCACGCGUACCUGUAGCGUCGCUCCGUAGUCUUCUGUGGUUUUUAAACAAAUAUUCAACUGCGUACCGCUUCUGAUGAAUUACCCUCUCCCGGAAGUUCAUUCGUGUGCCUUAGGCAAGUAUGUUACUCUAAUUCUGUAUCUAUCACUGCAACAAGCGUUUUACGCCGUGAUUGCAGUUAUAGGGUUGCACAAAGUACGACAUGCACGUGGAGAACUGUGUCGUUUGAUGAAACUUAAUUUAUUUUUAUUCCUCAUCUCCGCAAAUAAUGCAUAGGUAUUACAACUUACUUACUUACUUAAUUACGUACUUACUAAGGAUUAUGUAACGGUACACAUGCAAGUCUUUAAUCAAUCAUAGCAUACAUACAUAUGUAUGUAUCUAUUUACGUAUGUACAAUGGAGCGUAUCUCCGUUUGUUAUAUCAUAUGCUACGGGCAAGGCAAAAUAUGUACUAUAUAACGAUAAUAAAUACUAAAAUAAUAAAUAUA